UUAAAACUCUGUCUAUUAAAAAUGAUGAAUAUGUUCAAGCUUAUUUGUCUAGAGUUUCUUCUCUAGUUAAUCAAAUGAAGUCGUAUGGUGAAGUGAUUUCUGAAGAAACGGUUGUUGCAAAAGUAUUAAGAAGUCUUACUCCUAAAUUUGAACAUAUUGUUGCUGCUAUUAAGGAAGCCCAUGAUUUAUCAAAUUAUUCAUUUGAUGAGCUAAUGAGUUCCUUACAAGCUCAUGAAGACAGAUUGCUCAGGUCAUAUGAAAAGAAUGAAGAAAAAGCCUUUCAGAUGAAGGGGGAGAUGCAUGAAAAUGCUGCUGGAUGUGGCAAUGGCAGAGGUGGCUUUCAUGAAAGAGGUUGAAGAAAAGGUGCAAGCAGAAGCGCAUAUAAUGAAGAGAGGCAAAGGAAGAUCCUUAAAUGUCACUACUGUAACAAAUCAGGUCAUAGAGAGGCUUAUUGUUGAAAAAACAAAAAAUGAGAACAACCAAGCAAGUUUUGCAGAGGAACCAGAUGAAGAAAGCAAGUUGUUCAUGGCUCUUUUUUGUGAGAGAAAGCAGUCUAACAAUAUUUGGUUUUUGGACAGCGGUUGUUCUAACCAUAUGGGUGGAACAAAAUCAUUAUUUAAGAAACUUGAUGUGUCCGAUAAAACAGAUGUGACACUAGGAGAUAGCAAGAAAAUUCGAGUUGAAGGCAAAGGGAGCUUGCAGUGCCAUACACACCACAACAAAACAGUAUACUUGAAAGAAAGAAUAGAACAAUAGUGGAGAUGGCCAGAAGUCUGAUGCAAGCAAAAGUUCUUCCUAUUUAUUUUUGGGCAGAAGCUGUUGCAACAGCGGUGUAUAUUCUCAAUUUGUCUCCUACAAAAACUGUUCGUAAUCAAACACUUGUUGAGGCUUGGACAGGUAGAAAACCAACGGUAAGCCAUUUAAAAGUUUUUGGUUGUAUAACUUAUGCUU